AUGGAGGUCUGCGCUAAGCCUCUGUGCUACGAGCUGCUGGCAGAGGUCGGGGAAGGCUCCUACGGUAAGGUGUAUAAAGCCAGAGAGGCGGGGGGCAAACAGCGCCUCCUGGCGGUGAAGAAAUUCAACGUCCGCGCAGACACGUCGGAGACCGGGAUCCCUGCGUUCAUGAUCCGCGAGGUGGCGCUGCUGCGUAAAAUGAAGUACUUCAACCACCCCAACAUUGUGAAGCUGUUGGAUGCGUCUGCUGUACCAGUGGGCCGGAGCCUGGACCUCACUCUGGUGCUGGAAUACAUUGACCAGGACCUGUCCACCUACCUGUCCAAGGUCCCCGCUUCUGGACUGAGCCGUGACAGCAUUAAGGAUUUGAUGCAGCAGCUGCUGCGAGGGCUGGACUUCCUGCACACAAACAUGGUGCUGCACCGUGACCUGAAACCUGAAAACGUCCUGGUCAGCAGCCGCGGAGAAGUCAAGAUCGCAGACUUCGGACUGGCACGCAUCUACACCUUCAACAUCGCCCUCACUCCAGGUGUGGUUACGCUGUGGUACAGAGCUCCCGAGGUGCUGCUGAACUCUGUUUACAUGUCCUCGGUGGACAUGUGGAGCGCCGGCUGCAUCUUCGCCGAGCUCUUCCUCUUGAGACCGCUCUUUCAGGGAUACACAGAGGUUCAGCAGCUGCAAAAAAUCUUUGAGGUGAUUGGUUUGCCCAGCGAGGAGGACUGGCCCAAAGACAGUCCGAUCUCCUACUCAGUCACCUGGGGCCCGAAAGGCUCCUGCACCAAACUGCUGCACAACCUGGGCCCGGACGAGACCGACCUCCUGUCUCAAUGCUUGGCAUUCAGAGCGAGCAGUCGCAUCUCAGCCGCCAAAGCCCUGGCUCAUCCUUUCUUCAUGAAGCACUGA